AUGUUCGGCUCAGUGCGCGCCAAGUCCGGCACCUUCUCCUCCCUCAACGCGCCCUCCGAGUUCAAGCGUCAAGGGCGCGCCGCCAAGGGUGCACAGUUCAUCAACAAGCAUGGGCAGCCGCACCAUGCGUAUGAUCCCGAGAAGGCCCCGUACCCCGUAUCGUAUGACAGAAGUGUGCUUGAACUGGAAGCACUCGAUCUCGCUCUCAUCAAGCAUCUCAAGGCGGGCUCAGUGACGUUCGUCAACUAUGACCGCAAUGACCCCGAUUCCCUGCCACGCCGUGUGCUCGACCUUGGUUGCGGGACAGGGACAUGGGUGGUUGAUGCCGCAAGGGAAUGGCCACAGGCCGAAUUCGUCGGCUUUGAUCUAGCAGCUAUCCAAGUACCGCUGCAGUUUAUGGAUCCAUCGCUAGCGUCGCGGAUUACAUGGACGCACGGAAACUUUUUGACUACGAAGUUGCCUUUCGAUGAUGAUGAGUUCGAUCAUGUUCAUAUCAAGUCAAUAGCACGAGGGGUCCCCGAGAAUAAGUGGCAGACGAUUUUCGAAGAAGUGAACCGUGUACUUUGUCCUGGCGGUGUCUUGGAGCUUGUCGAAGAAGACAUUAUCUUCCCACAUCUGCCGCAUUGGUUCACAUCCCCUCUCCGCGUCCGACCUAGAAGGACGACCUCCGUUCAUUACCCUGAUGGCAGCGAAGGAGGCGCAUACCCAGCAAGAUCUGAUACCCCCGCACGAGCACCUCUGGAACACGCACUGCUUGAGUCCCUUCAUCAAUCCGUAUAUGAGCAUCGCUUUAUCAACAUGACUCCGACCGCUGUUUUGCCUAGCUAUUUCGACACUUACUUCCGAAGAAUUACGAGGGGACCCGUUCUCAAGUUCCCUAUGCCGCCUAUACCCCUUCCACCGCCACCUCCGCCGGAUAGCAAUGCACCAACCGCGGGUGGCAUACUGGAUAUCGGGCUUGAUAUACCAGAGCUCGUCGAGCCUCGUUCUUCCCCCAAGACACGUCCCGUCUCUCUUUCGUUCUCUUCAACACGAUCAACAUCAACCGAAGAAUCGCUUCCCAUUUCCGUAUUCACGGCUCGGAGCACCAGCAGUGAUUCUACCCGCCUGUCUUCGCUUCACGCCUCAGAAGACUCGAACGGCGCUUCCUCGUCUUCGAAGCGGACCAGCAAAUCACCCGAGGAUGAUGCCGAUACACUGCGAGAUGCGAAUACUCCCAUACCGAUAUCCGAAGUCCUGUCCAAGGCUUCAGAGGCGGGCUCGCCGGUGGAUGAGGCUUCGGAUACGCCCUGGCAGCCGAAGCAGCUGUUCAUGAUCGAGAAUAGGUCGUCCAGGCGGGACUCGAACAUCAUACCGGAGAAUUUGUUGUUCAGUGACAAGCUGCGCGAGCUUAGUGCUCGGUCGCUGGCUAUGCAGCUGCAUUGCUCAUACCGCUACGUUCUCGGAUGCCAAGAGGCGAUGUGGGAUGAACUGAAGUACCGCAUACGCAACAAAUCAGAAUCGCUCGCGCCUUAUGGCUGGGACGACGACGAGGACUUCGAGGAGACGCAUAACCGGCACAAGUUCGAGACCCUCAUUCAACGUUACCAGUCCGAUAUGCGCGCACGAAUAUCGCUCUGGUGCACGCUGAGCGAGCUUGGCUGGCAAUACCCCGCUCGCGAUCCUCUCACAAAGGCGCAAGCGAUAGAGGAGUCCCGUCUGCGGGAGGCGUUGGCGGAAGCGCGCCGGGCUGCGCAGCAGGGCGAUUUGCAGCUGCCCUCGCGGGCCCUGCGUACGAUGGUAGGAUAUAAGGAUUGA